AUGGCUAACAAGACGGAAGAACAUACUUCGGUGCUCAAUAAGCUGACCGAAGCACAGACUAAGCUGACCGGCUGCCUUUCGCCUAAUUUCGACAUUGAUGAGAUUCUCAACGCUCUAACCGUCACCGAAAAGAUCUCUCUCCUUGCUGGCGGUAACUUUUGGUCUACAAACCGUAUCGACCGUUUGAACAUUCCCGCCAUCCGCUUCAGUGAUGGACCCAACGGUGUGCGAGGCACAAAGUUCUUCAACUCCCAGCCGUCUAACUGUUUUCCCUGCGGGACGGCCCUAGCUGCCACCUUCAACAAGGCAUCGCUUGUCAGAGCAGGGAAGAUGAUUGGAGCGGAGGCCAAACUGAAGUCUGUCCACGCGGUUUUGGGGCCGAUGUGCGCGAUUAUCCGCAGUCCCUUAGCUGGCAGAGCAUUCGAGGGGUUCAGUGAAGACCCGACGCUCUGUGGGUUCGCAGCAGCGGCGGUCGUCUCCGGGAUCCAAAGCACCGGCGUGACGGCCACCCUUAAGCACUUUGUGUGCAACGACCAGGAAUACGACAAGCGGAUCGUGAACUGCUUGGUCAGCGACAGAGCCCUAAGAGAGAUAUAUUUGCUUCCGUUCCAGAUCGGUAUUCGCGAUUCCAAUCCCGCAUUGAUCUUGACCGCGUACCAAAAGGUCAACGGCGAGUACUGCUCUGAUUCGUACAGUUUGCUCAACAAGAUCCUCCGUGAGGAAUGGGGCUGGAAAGGGACUGUUGCUCUGGAUUGGUUUUCGUCUUACAGCGUGGCAAAGUCUGUGGUGGCUGGGAUGGACCUCGAGAUGCCAGGUCCUCCCAGAUGGAGAACACUUAAAAGGGUCGCCAAUGAGGCUAGCAAAGGGAACUUGAAGGUGCAGGAUAUCCAUGAGGCUGCACGAAACGUGCUCAAGUUGAUCAAAAGAGGGAUCCAGUCGGGAAUCCCACUUAACGGUGGGCCCCAAACAUCCAUUGUGAACGAUGAGACAAAGGCAACGCUCAGGGACCUCUGUCUGGAGUCUAUCGUGUUGAUGAAGAACGAGGACGGGAUCCUUCCGUUGAAAACGUCUGAUUCAAUCUGUGUGAUUGGGCCGCUAGGCAAGGUUUCCUCGCACGCCGGUGGCGGUACGACGGUCCUCAAGCAGCCAUACUACACUAACAUCUAUGAUUCCGUCAAUGAAAAAGUGAGGUUGUCCGGAAAUUCACAUAGUACGUGGAGCGGCUCUACAAGCGAUCCACCUACUCUGGAGAAUGCUCACGAGAUACCCUACGCUAUCGGAGCCACGAUCCACAAGGAAAUUCCUGGUUUGGGUCAGCGCUUAAUCAACAACAAGGGCCAGCGUGGCUACAUGGCGACGUUCUACCUCGAGCCUCCGACCGCCCCAGACCGCACCAUCAUUGACCAGUUCUACAAUGAUGAGUCCUACUUCCAGCUCAUCGACUACUCCAACUACCAUCUCCCCGCUGAGUCCUUCCUCUUCUACGUGACCGUCUUUGGCUGGUACAUUCCAGACGAAAGUGGACUCUACGAAUUCGGUGUCAGCGUGCUCGGAACAGCCCAGCUCUUUGUGGAUGACCAUCUCGUUGUGGACAAUCUCACGAAACAGACCGCCGGCAACUCCUUCUUCUCCUGCGGAACCAUCGAGGAGAAGGGAUAUAUGGAGAUGGAAAAGGGACGGAAAUACAAGGUGCGGAUGGAAUUCGGCUCUGCUCCUACCUACACGCUUGGUAAGAAGGAUCCAAACAAGAUUGUUCCUGGGUGUGGUGGGUUUGCAUUUGGCUGCUGCAAGGUGAUUGACCCAGUUGCUGAAAUACAAAGAGCAGUAGAGAUUGCGUCCAAGGCAGACAAGGUGAUCAUGUGUAUUGGCUUGUCGCACGAGUGGGAAGCCGAGGGAUUUGAUAGAAAGGACUUAUCGUUGCCGGGCUAUACGAACCAGCUAGUGGCGGAGGUGGCGAAAGUGAACUCGAAUAUCGUGGUGGUGAACCAAUCGGGUACUCCCAUCGAUAUGCCCUGGUUAGACGGGGUCAAAGGGUUGCUACAGGCGUGGUACGGUGGUAACGAAUUGGGUAACUCGGUAGCCGACGUGUUGUACGGCGAUGUGUGUCCGCUGGGAAAGUUGCCAAUGACGUGGCCGAAAAGAAUAGAGGACAAUCCAACGUACCUCACGUUUGACUCCAACAACAGCUACCAGGUAGUGUACGGCGAGGAUGUGUUUGUGGGCUACCGCUACUAUGAGAAGAUGAAGGUCCCUGUAUUGUUUCCGUUUGGCUUUGGCUUGUCGUACACUAAGUUUGAUCUCUCUGAGUUUAACAUCAAGAUGACCAGACCGGGAACCGUUUCAUGCUCGGUCAAGGUGAAAAAUAUCGGGGACGUUUCGGGGGCGGAGUGCGUGCAGUUCUACGUCCAGCAGGAGAACACCACGGUGGUGAGACCUGUCAAGGAGUUGAAGGAUUAUCUGAAAACCAGAGUGUUGAAACCGAUGGAGUGCGAAGUUGUGUCGGUGGAUAUCCCUGUGCGGUAUGCUACUUCCUACUGGGAUUCGAUCCAUAGCUUUUGGUGCUCUGAGAAGGGCUAUUACAAGGUCUUGGCGUGUACGUCGUCGGAACUGGUGAGUAUUGAAAAGUGGUUUAACGUGAAGAAGACCGAUAACUGGUUGGGGAUCUAA